AUGGCGGCCGGAGGAUUAAUGGAGCAGGACGUAAGCAAGCUUGACGUCGCAAAGCUCCACCCAUUGUCACCUCAAGUUAUCUCACGCCAAGCCACCAUCAACAUUGGUACAGUUGGUCAUGUGGCCCACGGGAAGUCUACCGUUGUGAAAGCUAUAACCGGAGUUCAGACUGUUCGCUUCAAGAAUGAGCUUGAACGUAACAUCACUAUCAAGCUGGGUUAUGCUAAUGCAAAAAUCUAUAAAUGCGAGGACGACAGAUGUCCACGACCAAUGUGCUACAAGGCUUAUGGAAGCGGAAAAGAAGAUUCUCCAGCCUGUGAUGUUCCUGGGUUUGAAAACACUAGGAUGAAGCUUCUGAGACAUGUUUCCUUUGUUGAUUGUCCGGGUCACGACAUUCUCAUGGCCACAAUGCUUAAUGGAGCAACUAUCAUGGAUGGAGCCUUGCUUUUGAUAGCAGCAAAUGAGAGCUGCCCACAACCUCAGACAUCCGAGCAUCUGGCGGCUCUUGCGGGUCUCAAACACCUCAUAAUUCUACAGAAUAAGAUUGAUGUUAUCCAGGAGAGUGCAGCAAUGAACCAGCAUGAAGCAAUCCAAAAAUUCAUCCAGGGCACGAAAGCUGAAGGUGCUCCUGUGGUGCCAAUAUCUGCCCAGUUCAAGUACAACAUUGAUGUCAUCUGUGAAUAUAUUGUGAAGAAAAUCCCUAUUCCUGAGAGGAGCUUCACAUCACCUCCCAACAUGAUUGUCGUUCGCUCCUUCGAUGUCAACAAGCCUGGUUCAGAGGUUGAUGAGAUCAGAGGUGGGGUGGCAGGUGGCACCAUCCUCAGGGGAGUCCUCAGGGUGAACCAGAAUAUCGAAGUUCGCCCUGGCAUGGUCAUGAAGGAUUCGAGUGGCAAAAUCAAAUGUUGCCCAAUCUACUCGAGGAUCGUCUCGCUCUACGCCGAGCAGAAUGAGCUCCAAUUUGCUGUUCCAGGAGGGCUUAUUGGUGUGGGAACGACCAUGGAUCCGACUUUGACUCGUGCAGAUAGGCUGACUGGCCAGGUCCUGGGUGAAAUCGGAUCGCUCCCUGAUGUGUUCGCGGAGCUUGAGAUCAACUUUUUUCUUCUCCCAAGGCUUCUGGGUGUGAGAUCAAAGGGUGCAGAGAAGGCGGGGAAGGUCGCCAAGCUCAGCAAGCGUGAGAUCCUGAUGCUUAACAUAGGGUCUAUGUCGACUGGCGCCCGCGUGGUCGCUGUUAAGGGCGAUCUCGCCAAGCUUGAGCUCACCACCCCUGUCUGCACAAGCAUAGGCGAGAAGGUCGCCCUGAGCCGUCGUGUCGACAAGCAUUGGCGCCUCAUCGGAUGGGGCCAGAUCCAAGCUGGUGCAACGCUUGAAAUCCCUCCCUGCCCGCUGUAA